UACAAAUUAGCAUUAGCUUUUCUCGUUUCUUCUGCUCUGCAUUGCAUUUACAUAUUUUACAAUUUGCAAGACAGUAAACUAGUUCCAGCUGCCGAACCCCAAGUCAGACUAUAAAUAGUCAUAUGACCAAACCAACAGCAUUAGUUAUCUUUGAAGACUUCAACGAUCCACACAAUCCUUUCAACAUGAAGUUCGUCAUCGUCCUCGUUGCCCUUUUCGCCCUGGCCGCUGCCCGUCCCAACCGCGAUGCGGAGACCCUCCGUUACGAUUCGAAUGUCGAACCCGAGAACUACAACUACGCUGUGGAGACGAGUGAUGGAAAGUCGGUUGCGGAGGAGGGACGUGUGGAAGACUUGGGAACUGAACAGGAGGCCAUCGUCGUGAAGGGCUCUUACUCCUACAUUGGCGACGACGGUGUCACAUACUCUGUCAAUUACAUUGCCGACAAGAACGGAUUCCAGCCCCAGGGCGCUCAUAUUCCUGUUGCCUAAGUUUAUGAAAUUAAAAUAAAUCAGGUCAUAAGAAAAA